AUGGCUAAUUUCACAACUGGGUUUUAUCUCAUGGGUUUUUCAGACAACCCUGAGCUAGAAAUCUUCUAUGGUUCUCUGUUCUUAGUCCUGUACUUGCUGGCUUUAACUGGUAACAUCCUUAUUAUCACGUCAACUUCCAUGGAUGACAAUCUCAACUCCCCCAUGUAUUUCUUCCUGAAGCAUCUCUCCUUUCUGGAUCUCUGCUAUAUUUCUGGGACUGUACCAAGAUUUAUUUUCAACUCUUUCUUGCAUAGAGGAAACAUUUCCUUCGGGGAAUGUGUUGUUCAGUGCUUUUUUUUCACACUCUGUGCUCCUGCUGAGAUGUCCAUGCUCACAGUGAUGUCCUAUGACCGUUAUGUGGCCAUCUGCCUUCCACUACACUAUGACAUCAUCAUGAACUUCAGAACCUGUGUCCAUGGAGUCAUUGGAGUCUGGGUCAGUGGGGUCAUAUCGGGAGUGAUGCACACAGCAGCGACUUUCUCCAUCCAAUUCUGUGGGCCCCAGAUCAUUCAUCAGUUCUUCUGUGAUAUUCCACAGCUUUUGAAACUCUCCUGUUCUAAUGACUAUAUCAAUGAGGUUGGUGUGUCUGCCUUCCUAUCUUUGGUAGCAUUUCUUUGUGUCGUCUUUAUUGGAUUCUCCUACAUACACAUAUUUUCCUCUGUUAUGAGGAUGCCAUCAGCAGAGGGCAGAGCCAAGGCCUUUUCCACUUGCCUCCCCCACCUUGUUGUUGUCUUAUUAUUUGUUUUUACAGGUGUAUUUGAGUUUUUAAAGCCCCAUUCUAACUCUCCAACUGUGUCAGACAUAUUGCUCACUAUUAUGUAUACAGUCAUUCCCCCAACCUUCAAUCCAGUGAUCUAUAGCCUGAGAAAUAAAGCCAUAAAGUUAGCUAUCAGAAAUCUUUUUAAGAGACGCAUAUAUAAUUUGUCAAAAUUAACCGACUAU